GCAGCUAAUACAUUCUAUCAAAGCCAUUGAGAGGUGAAUGGAAACGCUCAAAGCCUAUUGAACAUACCCGAAGCUGUACUGUUAGUUCGAUAUAAAAUAAUUACUUUUUAUGCGGGGCUAUUAUUUUGUGCGGGAUUGAUAUAGAAAUAUAAUUUACGUUUAUAUGGAACAUGGGCUGGGAAGUGUGUCUUCGGGGAUCGCAAGGUUGUGCAGCGAUUGAGAGAUUCAUUCCGAGCUUGUUCGAGGACAAAGCCGCGACAGUGAUGUGUGGAAUAUGAGACCGAUUUGGACGGAAGGCGACCGGUGUUGUAAGUUGACGUGGUACUGGUUUGGAAUGUAUUACACAGACGUAAUAAUGUUCUGAUUCAGUUUAGGGUUGGACAGCUUGUGAAAAGAUAUUUAUCACGACACAGCACAAUACAACGUAGCGAUGGGGACUACAGGUCAAAGAUCGCGGUCGUUCUUUAAUAUGUGUAUUAUAUUGACGAUCAUACAAGACUUUUGAAGAACUGGAAUUGCCAAAAUGCUUGCCGAUGUUUCUGUGGGAUUUGAUGUACAGUGGUUUUAUUGGAAUGCCAUCGGUCGUAAUUAAUGUUUACAUAUAUGAAUAUUCGGAAUGCAGAGUUCCAUUCCCUGGGCAUUAGAAGACUGUGUGAAGGACAACUAAGAGUGGCGUCUUAAUUGACCUUACCGUAUUGGUUUCCGACUCGUCGAUGACAGAGACGGUAGCGUAAAGAGCUUACUUGUGUGUCGACACAAUACCUGCCCACACGUGGAAACCGUAGUGUCUACAUACCUGUAAUCAAGCCGUGCUACCUGUGGUUACCUGUGCGGGGGAACACAGGUACACUCUUGGCUUUACCUGAAGCAUAGGAAACAGACACAACGCUGGUGACAAUGGAGUACCGAGUUUGGAGGAUAGUGGGUGACGUCACACACUGACGUCAAAUCCAUACACACCACGUGACGUAAAGGAGUCAACGUGACGCCAUGGCACACUUCGUAGAUCACGUGAUAGAGGUCAUCUCAAAGCCACCGGCCCAACGAACUGAUCAGGAUGUGGCUGAAAUAUUGCCAUGGUUACGUAAACGGUCGAAUACCGUAUACCACCUAACCAGAGCGGUUCUCAAAAACCUGAUACGAAACUGCCAUUACCGGAAGUCGCCCCCUAAUGACGUCAUCAUCAAGCAAGGCGAGUUGGGAGACUGUAUGUACAUCAUCCUCCGCGGAAGGAUAUCGGUAUACAUCGACCCGUCCAUGACAGGGGAAGAUGAGGGGUUCACGCCGGUCCCUUCCUCCCCCAAGAAGCACGGAGGGGUGGGGGCAUCAACCGCGGAGACGAAGAGACGCAGGGCAGGGGACAGGUCUUCCUAUGGGAAAUUCAUCAUACACUUUGAGUCGGGGAAGAGUUUCGGUGAGGUGGCCUUGAUGAGUGAAGACAACAUCCGUAACGCCAGCAUCAUCACCGACAACGAUUGUGACUUCCUCGUGGUCGACAGAGAACUCUUCAACUCCUCAUUAAAGGAAUAUGAAGAGAGGUCGUACGCCGAAUGCCGCCAUUUUGUUCAGAAACAUCCGUUCUUCUCUAAAAUGUCGCAGCGCUUCAAGCGACUCCUCACUCUCAGUUUACGGAAGGAGCAAUAUGGCUUCGAGAGUACACUGGUAAAACAAGGGGAGCCAAUCACUGGCCUUCAUUUCAUACUCAGAGGCCAGGCCAAGUUCUUCAUGGAGCCCACCCGUCAUCGUCACCAGUACCCUAACCUCUGGCCCUUUGAAGCUGCUAUUGAUAUCUACUCCAUUGAAUUUGAUUGGUUGAGGGAGCCAAGGAAGAACGCCAUACUAAGGAAAUACCGCGACCCCAACGCCCUCCCCAUGAAGGUGGACAACGUGGACCUCCGGCGUAGACAGGGUUACGUGGCGGUAGAGAGGAAGCUGCACGAGAGGUCUGUGAGUCUGUGUGGGGUCCAGAACGGAGAGGUCCUGGGGGACACCGAAAUAUGUCUGGGUCUAGGAACCUACAUGCAGACUGUCGUGUGUUCCACUGACACUGAAGUAUUCAUUCUAGACAUGAAAAACUUUGAACGACUUGUUGGAAGAAAGAAUCCAAACACUAUUCAAAUGAUGAAAAAGCUUGUGGAAUCUAAGUUAGCUAUUCGUAAGGACUUAAAAUAUGCACAACACAUACCUCUUUUAAAGUUUCUCCACUAUAAACUGACUGAAGGGUCGUUACCGGAAGCUAAGAGACUACCUCCGUUGAAAGAAUCCAAGGUUGCUCCGGAUAUUAAUCACGAAAGGCAAUACAUCCUGGAUAACUUUUUGGAAGGAAAGUCUCCACUUGUGGAUCCCCAGGUUCCAGGGGCUGUUUAUUAUAAGAAUCUCAUGCAGGAGAAAGCUAGAAUACGAGAGAAUAUCCGGAAAAGGGGGUCUAGUUUCAAUGUUCAACAUAAACAGAAGAUAAGAAACCCGAACCGACGUCAGCCAAGAAGCCGGCGAGAGAUUGUGGAGAGUCUACAGCAGAUGUUGGAUGACGACUUGCUCAUGUUCCAACAGCCCCGGAAGAAGAAACCUGCCGGAUCCAAUGGUUCCGUCCGAACUGAUGCCGUAUCUGAGACGACCGUCAGCAGGAGGACAAGCUUCUCUGAGCCUUCCAGAAGCAGAGCAACGAGUUUCUCCAGGAAGAAGGGGAAGUUUGGAUCAACGGGAUCCUUGAACACGGAUACCGAUGACAAGGAGUCCGUUAAGAGUGAUGGAUCCUCUUCACAGAAGAGGUUCAACUCCAAAUUUGUUCCAAAACCUCCAUCGGAACCAAACAGUGGUAAGUCCACCCCAAGAAGAGGAUUAUCUCCCUUGAGUGUUUCGAGUGAAGGUAAAGAAAAGGAUCAGAAUAUGAUGCAUCAGUUGAAUGAGCAUAGCGUUAAGCUAACCCAUGGACCGAUUCCACCAGCGUCUUCACGGGGACCCCAGCUGACUGAAAGCAACAACGUCCUACCACCAAUACGAGAAGAUACGGCAGAACAGCUUCUGUCUCGUGAACGAAAGGAAAGUGCAGUUAGCAGAAAACCAAAUCUUGAAUCCCCGAAGGAGAUUAUCGAACUUGAGCUCGAACGACCCAAAAGCGCCAAAGGUUAUGAACCCUUGAACAUCGAACCCUCGAAAGAGAAACCGGAGGAGGAAUUCCAUCUCCCAACUCUAGCGUAUGUACCCCUGUCCACUCGAAGGUCCAGCACCAGUUCAGUUAGGUCCAGAUGGGAGCCUGCAAGGAAGAUCAUACAGGAGAGGAUUCAGGAUCGCAUCUCGACUCAGUUAGCUGACAAGGAGCCUUCGUAUGCGGAUUACGACACAAGCGAAAACUCCCUCAGCUAUCUGGAGUCCAGGAUCAGGUCUUUUCAUCUCAAAUACGGCAACAAGAACAAGAUGACCCUGAAACUACCCAAGCUGCGGCGGUACACUGGACAUAUACAGGAAACUCCCGAGUCUCAGCCUCGUCCAGGUGGAAAGGUAUGGAUCCGGAAACAACUGUGUCAGUUUGCUGAUCAGCGCGUGCAGGUCAAAGGUCACAAGCACGUGCGGUACCACAUGGUGGAAUCCUUACCUCAGUUCGACCAUGUGAAAAAGACCCGGAUGAUAAUGAACUACCUUAUGAGUGCCAGAAACCAAACUGACACGCAGUCACUCGGCAAUAGUAACCAAGCAAUCAGCUUCACCCAAGAAAGCUGAUAUGACGUUUAACACGAAGUAUUGGGUCAUGUCGGAUAAAUAGUAUUAUAUGUGUGAUUUAGAGCAACUAUAUGUCACCCAUAUAUCAAUGGGGAAACAACGAAUGGUUGAAAAAACAGGACUUGAAUCCCAGUGUCUCAAAACCCGAAACGAGAGCAUGAUGUCAACGGCACUCUGCAACAAAAUCAUAUUUUUUUCUUCAUCAAAGUCAAAAUGCGUCGACACGCUCUACCGGUUUUUUUUCCAUUUUAUGUGCAACACGCAUGUUCGGGAAGACUCGAGUAAUCGCCCCUGUACUACAAAAGCAGGAUCGGUCAAACUAAAGCGAAACGAAAACUGGUCAAAUGUGUGCAAAGACAAACGUUCAAAUUUCCUUGGAGGAUUUUGUACAAACUUGGUAUAUUUAAAUUUAUUUACCUCGUUUGCCUGACGUCUCGUGCAUUGCUGACAAUAAUCUGCAAAAGCUCUUGUGGUGACAGUUUUACUAACUUAUUGGGUUUUUUUCACUGAAAAAUAUUUUUGUAAUUUGA